AUGGCUCAGGGAACCUCUCUUGUUAACUAUAAGUCCUUGUACAUGUAUCUAACUAUUGAUAAACUCUUCGUAUUUAUUUGGAUCCAGGCCAUAGUUCUUGGUGGCACUUUGAACGCAUUGUUCAAAGACUACAAGGACCGGGCCGAUUUCCUCUGCGUCUACCUGGCAGAGGCUCACCCAAGAGGGCGCUGGGUCUUCAGCGACGAGUUCAGCUUUAUGGACCAGCACAAAACAAUUCAAGAUAGAAUAGACGUCGCUCGAGAAAUGAUGGCAAGAGACUCUAAUCACAACACCUUCACUGACGACACACACAGCCAGGACAAACUUAGACUGGUGCUGGACACCAUGGACAACAAAUUCGCCCUGCAAUACGACGCGCACCCAGACCGUAUCAUCGUCGUUGAGAGUGGUAGAGUGGCGUUCAUGUGUAAGGAAGUCAGACAACAGUUGAAGAAACCGGAUAAGCUCAUGACGGAUGAGGUCAAGGUGUGGUUAGAGAAGCGAUUCAGUCAGGAAUAAGUGUUUAAAAAAAAGUUAAAGCAGAUUUUUGUUAUUUUUUUUAAUUUUUUCUUUAUUACAGUGACCUAUAAAAAAACAAUUGGUUAUAUAUUGGCGAAACUUAUUGGGAGACUUUAGAACUCUUGGUGGCAGCAUACUUAUAAGGUAUACCAUUUUUUACGUAGUCCCGAGCAGAUUUUUUAUGCACACAUUAACGAAAACAAUGGAUUUACCUGGUAAGUCAACUGCUUCCGCCUAGCCUCGCAAAAGUCCCACAUUGAAUGCUGGGGUGCGUUUUGGCGGUUUAUAACCAAUAUUAAACUGUUUCAACAAAUUCUGAAAUAUAAUUCACUGGUUUAUCAAAAUACAUGGGAUGCUAGCAUUUUCAAAAUCAAUCCACUAAUAAUGUGUUUAAAACAAAUGACUAAAUGGAAGUUGCAUAAUUAUUAAACCCCUAGAAUAACCCAUGAUGACUCUUUGGUAAAUGUUGUCCUUUCAAGGGGAGCGCCCAUUCUGUUUGAUAUUUUACUUUUCUGUAUUUAAUGUUAUACAACUUCCUUUUAAAACUAUUAUUUUGAGACACAACUAAUAUUUAUGGUUGGGAAAUUAACGAAGAAAUAAAACGGAAUUUCAUA